AACAAUUAGCUGUUAGCUAGCUCCCGAGGAGCCUCAUCCAACAUGGCGGACAUAAACAGACAGCUGCAGGAGUACCUGGCCCAGUCCAAAGCUGGACCCGCCAAGACUGUCUCCCAGUCCAGCUCCAGCACCGCGCUGGACAUGGACGACCCGGACCCGGUCCCAGGGAGCUGGUUCGGCCGGUGGUCCAGCCCGUGGUCCGGCCAGGGCUCCGCUCAGAGCUCCAGUGGAAACAGCGGCCUUUCCUGGCCGUGGUCGGCCGAGCCGGACCCCUGCCUGCCGGGCAUGAGCCGGCGGCAGCGGCUGGUGGCCGCCGGGGUCUGCGUGUGUUUCUCGGCGCUGUGUUUCGGACUGUCGGCGCUCUACGCCCCGCUGCUGCUGCUCUACGCCCGGAAGUUCGCGCUGCUGUGGUCGCUCGGCUCCCUGUUCGCCAUCGCGGCCGUGGCCAUCCUGCGGGGCCCCAGCCGGCUGCUGGCCGGCCUGCCCACCUCCCCGGGGGCCGCCGUGUACCUGGUGACGCUCGGAGGGACUCUGUACGCGGCGCUGAGCCUCCACAGCACCGUGUUGACGGCGCUGGGAGCCGCCCUGCAGGUCGCCGUCAUCGUCGGGUACGUGGUGUCGCUGCUGCCCGGAGGCAGCGCCGGGAUGCGCUUCAUGGGCGGGAUGGCCGCGUCCGCCAUCAAAAGGACCGUGUCCGGGAAAACCAUGCCCAUCUGACCGGGACCGGGACCACGGACCUGGAUCGUAUCUGCUGUGCAGAGCCCCGGGUUCUGGAUCGGCCUCUGGGAUACCCUGAGCGGGUGUGCAGGCCUGGCCUGGGAAUUGAACCCUCACUGCUUACAAACUGGAUUUUCUGAGGACCAAAUGACAUUUAUUAACAUUUCCUACCUAAAACUAAUGACCCAAACCCGGGUACCUGGGUAGGAGGUCGGUGUGGGUGCUGCUGGGAAAGUUCAGUGAAACUUCAUUAAAACCAAAGUUAACUCUGCUUUUUGGUGGUUUUUCAGAUUUGUGGAACACUUUGAGGAUGGAAAGGAAAGCUCAGACCGGGAGAAGGGAUGGAUCUGUUUUAGUUGCUGUCACACCCAGAAAGUAGCCAGAAAAACCUGAAGCAGAGCAACACCAAAGCGUCUUGAACCAGAAAUAAAGCCUGAGCAGUUUAAAACCAGUCCAACCCGAGAGAUGUCAAGCAGUGAAUAAAUGAGAUAAAAACAGAAACAGAUGAUCCUGAUAGUCUGACCUCAAAGGAACUUGUUUCUCACCUAAACACAAACUGCAUCUUUUUUAAUUACAGCGUCACAUCGGAAUAAUGAUUUUUGGAGAAAGUUAAGGCCAGAACUUUAGAUGAUGCCAACAUCUGGCACAGUGAUGAACAGUUAAAAACCAGCCCUGUUUUUGUCCAAAACUAACAUCAGUAAAACUGCAGGUAACUGUCAGUUAUUCAUCUGGGCUUGUAUUCAACCAAAGUUCAGUUUUUCAGACUGGCUGGAACCAGUUGAGAUCUAUUAUGUGAAUAUCCUGAUGUGACAAAUACAUGAAACUAGUGAAGGGUCAUUCAAGACGAUGUACUGUCACAUUUUAAAUUAUUUGAGAUUAUUAAUCAUCAAAUGAAAGGAGAGAAUUGGAAACUGGAGAUUUCAUUUCAUUCCACACGAUCGUUGAAUAGUUCAUUUCAUCUGGUGUGCAGUAUUUAAUUUCCUCAGAGAAAAAUGGCAGCAAAAUGGAUGUUAAAAAAACAAGAAGCUGUGAUUCCAAGUAGCUUUUAAGUGAUCUGAUGUUUUGAAACAUUUGAACACUGAAACUAAAACUAACCUGUAAAAAAAUCUGUGGACUGACUGUGUAAAGUUUCAAAACAUUAACAGCAGUUUGUUUACACGCCUCAGCCAGAUUAUCAUCAGUAAGCACGAGGAUUAUGAGGGAGUCAUUUACCAGGUUGACCUUUGUUUUCACUCUUCCCUUCAUGCUGGACUUCCUCAGCCGUCAUGGCACGCCACCGGGAAGUGUUCUGCUCUCAGAUCACCUGAUGGCCUGAUGGCCCAGCCACAGUAAAACUGAUAUUCUACAGCAAACGUGUCAAACAUAAGGCCCGUGGGCCAAACCUGCCUCCAAAAGUGGCUCCAAUCUGACCCGAAAACAAAGCAACUGCUAUAAAAGAUAUUUGGACAUUUGAGAGUAUUUUACAUCAGACGGUUUCAAUAAAAUAGGUGUUACGUUAAGACUGUAAUCAUUUUCUGUAGUAAAUGUUUGUGAAAAUAAACAUUUUCAUCACACA